GGGGCGUUGGGGUCUCCGCGCAGGCGCACUGGGCAAGCGGUGCGCCCGGCGGUUUUCCGCGGCCCUUCGCCAUGUUCCGGCGGCCCCCGCGGAACUUCCGCGGCCGGCGGCGUGCAGCCUCCAGCAGCAGCAGCAAUAACAGCAGCGAGGAGGAACCGGCCCCGGCCCCGCCGCCAGCCCCCGAGCCCGGCUCCGGUUCUGAGCCGGAAGCUGAGCCUGAGGAAAGAGAGGGCAGCGCCGCCUCUACACCUGAGGGGACCAAGGCCGCUGCUGCGGAGGAGCCGCUGUCCCCGGGGGAGCCGCUGUCCCCAGCGGAGCGGUCGGGCAGCCCCGGUGCCCGGGAGGAGAGUGGGAGAGAGGCAAUGGGCCGAGGGCCGCGCCUCGCCAGAGCCAGGCCGGUGCCGGCGGCAAAGGCGCUGCUGAGCUUCGGUAGUGAGGAGGAGCGGGAAGGUGAUGAAGAAUUUUUUAAAAUUAAAAAACCAUCCUUUAGUGAGGUGACCUUUAGAAUUCAGAAGAAGGAAAGCCUACUGCCUGCACAGAAAGAAAUCGAAGAAAACAAAAAAAUCUGUCAGUUGGAGCCAAGAACUGGCAACACCCAAGGCACUUGUGAAGAAGAGGAAGAGAAGGAGCAUCAAAGUUAUUCCUCACUAAGUGAAGACUACAGCAGUUCUGACUCUGAAAAUGAUUCCAGGUCCCCACAGAGGAGGAAGAAGGAUUUGUCACCAAGGAAUAUCCCCAGUACUGCUUGUGUUGAGGCUGCUCGGAGGAAACGUCACAGAGCCAGGACAGGGGCUGAGUAUCUCCCACUGGAUGUUUCAGACAGUCAUCAGGUCUCUGGGAGAAGAGAGAGCAGUGAUUUAGAGAGUGAAGAUGAGUCUGAUCUGAAGAAUCUCAGUUUUGUUCCCAGAACAAGAACUCUUAGGCAGAGGAUGGCUGAACACAUGGUGUCUGUGAGUGGUGAAUCAAGUGAAGAUGAAGCACAAAUGAAGUGGGAAGAACAGCAAAUAAAGAAAGCUGUUAAAUUCUCUCAGGAAGCUUAUGUUGAUGAUUCCCUUCAUAAAUUUCAACCAGCUAAGCCAAAGUUUGAUCCCUCUGUUUCUCUGCCACCUGUGAACUUGGAAGAUGUGAAGAAACGACUGACUGAGAGAAUAACAUCACUGCAGGAUGUGCACCGUGCCCACCAGAGGGAGUAUGAAAAAUAUAUGGAGGACAUUGCAAGUUCAGAGAUGACUGUGCAGGAAUUAGAGAAGUCUUCAGAUGCAACUCUGAAUUACAAAUUCUACAGAGCCAUGAAAACAUAUGCAGAAAACUUGAUAAACUGUUUGAAUGAAAAGGUGAAAGACAUUAAUGAGCUAGAGUGGGCUGUACACCUGCUUCUUCAGCAACGAGCUAUGGCCCUACUGAAACGAAGGCAAGAUGAGCUGAAAAAUGAAGCUGCUUAUAUUCAGCAUCUCACAAGUGGGAAUGACAAACCAACUAAUGGCAGUUUGGAAGGUGAUGAGAAGGUGCAGCUUCUAAAAAUGUGUGAGCAUCGAAGAGCGUGCAGGCGACAGGCCAGAGAGUGUGCAGGAGAAGGUGAUCACCAUGAAGGAAUGUCAAGUGAUGAUGAGUUGGCACCAACAGAGGUGACAGAGUUCCAGAAGAGCAAAGAUAACCUUUUAGAGGAUAGUAGGAAAAUCUUUGAAGAUGUACAUGCAGAUUUUUGUGACAUCAGAAAAAUCCUGUUGAAAUUCCAGGAAUGGAAAGAAAAGUUUCCAGAGUCUUACUGCGAUGCUUAUAUCAGCUUCUGCCUGCCUAAGCUAUUAAAUCCAUUGAUCAGAUUUCAGUUAAUAAAUUGGAAUCCUCUUGAGCAAAAUUUUACAGAUUUGGAAGAGAUGGCCUGGUUCAGAGCUAUAGAAGAAUUCAGUGAUGCCAAAAACAUAUCUGAAUCAAAGAGGGAUGCUGAUCCUGAUGAAGAAGUUUUGUGCAGAGUGAUUGAAAAAACUGUUCUUCCAAAAAUUGGAGCAUUUGUAAAGAAUAUGUGGGAUCCUUUAUCUACUUCACAGACAAAGAACCUUGUGCAGCUUUGCAAUAACAUCUUUGAAAAACAAGUCCUCUCCAGAAAUGAACGCAGUCGUGCAAAAGAGGAGUUGAUGAACAUGGUUGUCCUAAGAAUGAAGAAAUCUGUAGAGGAAGAUGUGUUUAUUCCUCUGUAUCCUAAAAGCACUGUGGAAGACAAAUCAUCAUUAUGCUCAAAGUUUCAAGACAGACGGUUUUGGUCAGCUGUUAAGCUGCUUUCCAAUGUUCUGCUUUGGGAUGGGAUUGUACAGGAAGAUGCAGUCCGUGACUUGGGACUCAGCAAGCUGCUGAAUCGUUACCUCCUUCUGAACAUCCUGAACACCCCACCAGGGCUGGAUAGUAUAGAAAAGUGUAAUAAGGUGGUUGCCUGUCUCCCAGAGAGAUGGUUCCAAGAUCUUAAAAGUGGCUCAACUCUCCCUGAAUUACUGAACUUCUGCCAGCACUUGCUGCAAUGUGCCCGCACCUUAUACAAGAGUAACCACAGCAAGGAAACAGAAGAAGUUCUUCUUCUCCUGGUGAAAGUCAAAGCUCUGCAGAUUGUUGAAGACUUCAUAGAAGAGUACAAACUUGAGCACCUGAAAUCCAUCAUCAGGAAAUAGCUAUUUUUGAAGCAACAUUUGUAUUACUGCAGCAAGCCUGAUGGUCAUGCUAAACCAGUUCUAGUUUAAUUAGUGCCUCCUGCCUACACAAAGAUGGUAGUGGUGACUUUUACUAUCUUAUUUAAUACAUGAGGAUUCUUAUUCCCAAAUGUCUCCCACUGCCAUCUUACUCCUAGGUUAAGGAGUCUUUUUAGAAAUACUAUCUGUUGAAGGACAGCAAUGGUUUUAGGCAUCCUAAACCAUGACUGCUUUACUGCCUCACUCUUUCUUGGAAGGAUUCCUGGAAAGGUAGAAAGUGCCUGUAAAGUUUAUCACUGCUAGCAAGUAGACAGCUUUACAAGCUGUUUUUGGCAUCAACUGCUAAAUAUCACUCUCUGACUCAGCAGUCAUUGAGCUUUUCCAACUUGUGAUGAACAGUGAUUUUUUGGUAGGAUUAUUGUUAAGUCAUCCCUAGGGAAGAAGAAUUCAUGUUGCUGGGGUUCUAGCCCUAGAAACAGGGGAAGUUUGAACAUUUAUUGGUGGUAAAUGAGGGUUCAGUGUGAGGUAAGAGCUGCACAGGGGAACAUUAGGGAAGAGUAAAUGUGUAGUGACGAGUGACUGAUGUGUGCAGGAGUUUUGUGCUUGGGUGACACAGACUGAAUUGUGUGCUCACAGCUGGAGCUGCCACACAUCUUCCCUUAUCAGGCUUUUAGUAAGACAUCUUGCUGAAAAGUGCAAGAAAAACUUUAAUUACAUCUCAGUAUCAACCUAAGGAUUUCUUUUGCUUCCCAGUAAGGUCCACUGAACUUUACUUCAUCACCCUUACAGAUGUUGAAUGUUUUGUAACUUUGUGUAUUUGCAGGAGUGUACAGAAUAAGGAUGCUUUACUGUGGAAACUGUAAUGCAUCACAGACUCUGUAUGUUUAGUUAGGACUGUGUUUCUCAAAAAUCCCCUGGGAUUAGAAUUUAACUUCUGCAGACUUAAUCCAUAUGAUUUCUUUUGUAUUUUUUUAAGCUAAAAAUAUAUUUUUGUAAAAUAUUUUAAUUGUAAAUAGUUUUGAUCAGUGUUACAGACAAAACAUGAUUUUUAUAUAAAAAUAUUCUUCUCUGUUAAUGACUUCCAAAGUUCAGUUUUUUAACAUGUGACAGUAUGAUUGAGCCCCAAACACUAUCACCCUUCAUUACCUUCAGAAGUGACACAGCAAAUCCUGUUUUCUAAUAAUGGUGACUUGCUGUAGCUUUCCUCUUGGCAUGCCAACAAAAUGCAACAGCUGCUCAGCAGUCAUCCCAAAUUUCUGAUCUCAUUGUGUUUCUCUUGUUCUCCCCUGAAGCAAUCACUCUUGUGCUAUUGUAAAACUUUAAUACAUGUUCUGUCACAGUUCAGCUCUGGAGAUGUUUCU